AACAACGAUAUCUAUUCACCUCCUGAAUAUGAUCGAUAUCCAUCCAUGGGGCGUGAUUCAAGAAUAACAUCCAUGGCAAAUUCCACGAACUCCAAUACAAACCUAUUGGGUCAUAACAAGAAGGGGUCUCUAUCUUCGCAAUUGUCAACGUCCGAAAUUUCAGAAAACUCUUCGAAUCCGUUCUUGGUUGAUGCCGACUUUAGUCCAUUUGGUGGAUACCCUGCAUCCUCGUUUCCCCUACACAUUGAUGAAAAGGAGCCAGAUGAUUAUUUGCAUAACCCUGAUCCAAUCGCAGAUGCAUAUGCCGAUAAGCAUAGAUUCAUGAGCGAUUUCAAAAAUAUGGACAAGAGAUCAACGGGUGGUUUGAUAGGUCUUAUCGUUCUAUUUCUUGGUGCAAUAGCGCUUUUCAUUAUUGUUCCUGCCUUAACAUAUACAGGAGCAACUACUCAUGGUUCAAAUACACAAGUUUAUGAAGUUUUAACGCAAUACCAAUACCAAACUUUGAGUGCUAUUAGAACGUCGUUGGUUGAUCCGGAUACGCCUGAAAGUGCACUCACUAGAUUGGCAAAUGACGGGACCAAUUGGACUUUGGUAUUUUCAGAUGAAUUUAACGCUGAAGGUCGUACGUUUUACGAUGGUGAUGAUCAAUUCUGGCAAGCUGUCAAUAUCCACUAUGCUGCAACAAAUGAUUUAGAAUGGUACGACCCUGAUGCCGCAACAACUACAAAUGGUUAUUUGGAAUUGAGAAUGGAUGCAUUCGAAAAUCAUAAUUUGUUUUACAGAUCAGGUAUGCUUCAGUCUUGGAAUAAGAUGUGCUUCACAGAAGGUUUGAUUGAGGUGUCUGCAAUGUUACCAAAUUUUGGUAAUGUUACUGGAUUAUGGCCAGGUAUCUGGACAAUGGGAAAUUUAGGUAGACCUGGAUACUUGGCUUCAACUAAUGGUGUUUGGCCAUACACUUAUGAAGCGUGUGAUGCCGGUAUCACUGCCAAUCAAUCAUCUCAUGAUGGUAUCAGCUAUCUUCCAGGCCAGAGGUUGAGUGUAUGUACCUGUGACGGUGAAGACCAUCCAAACCAAGGUGUUGGUAGAGGUGCACCUGAAAUAGAUGUCAUUGAAGGUGCAGUUGAUUCUACCUUGGGAGUUGGAACUGCUUCACAGUCUAUGCAAAUUGCACCAUUUGACAUCUGGUACAUGCCAGAUUAUGAAUUUAUUCAAAUUUACAACUUCACAGUGACGGCUAUGAAUACUUAUGCAGGUGGUCCAUUCCAGCAGGCUGUAUCUGCUGUGUCUACUUUGAACACUUCAUGGUAUGAACUGGGAGACACCGCAGGUCCUUAUUUCCAAAAAUAUGGAUUUGAGUACCGAAAUGAUGAUGACGAUGGGUAUUGUACAUGGUUUGUUGGUGAUGAUCCAACUUAUACUAUCUACGCCACCGCACUACACCCAAACGGUAAUGUCGAUUGGAGAAGAAUUUCUAAAGAACCAAUGUCAAUAAUUUUAAACUUGGGAGUUUCAAAUAACUGGGCUUAUAUCGAUUGGGCUUCAAUUGUUUUCCCUUCAACCAUGAGAAUUGAUUACGUCCGUGUUUAUCAACCUGAGGGUAUGAAUCAGGUCACUUGUGAUCCAUCUGACCAUCCAACUUAUGACUACAUCAUGAACCACAGAGCCGCCUACUGGAAUGCCAACUAUACCUUGUGGGAAGAUGCUGGUUAUGACACUCCAAAAAACAUCUUGACGGGUAACUGUCGUAGUUCCAAG